ACGCGGAAGGACAUUGGGGGAAAGGUUGUGUUGCACAGCUCGUGGUAGAAUCACUUAAAACUCUUCCAUCUCAAGCAGGAGGACAAACUACCACCAUGAAAACAGAGGAAGCAACUGCUGCUGCUCCUGAUUCAGCUCCAACCAAACAGGGCUGGAAGUGUCCUCUUAGUGACGCUCAUGUCCACAGGGAAGAUGUGAGGAAGGUUUGGAAAGAGUGCCAGGAGGAGAGCUUCUGGUACAGAGCUCUUCCGCUGUCUCUGGGUAGCAUGACUGUUACUGGUGGUCUCAUCUACAGUGGUGUUUGGAAAUCAUCAGCAAGGUUCGGGCCUUUUCCAAAACUAGCAGUUGCUGGGAUUCUGGGAUUUGCAGUGGGAAAAGUUUCCUAUGCUGGAACUUGUCGACGCAAGUUCCAGGAGAUUGGUAUUCAAGAUGGCCCAGGAUCAUGGUCCAGAAAAGGGCCCUCUGGUCCAGGGAGCAGGAACAGACACUGCCAUCAUGAGUGUGAAGAAUGCAAGAAAAAACCUCAAUCUGUCCCUGCUGAGCAAGCUUAGAUUCCAAGCACGGGAAGAAGCAGCUGAGGGGAUUUAUCAGAGCUGUAUUCCUGUUUAGCACAGGAAAAUGUGAAUAAACUUACUGGAAAUGUAUUUUUGAUGUAUUGCUUCUUCAAAGAAUCCACUGGAUGGUGCUAGAAUACCAUCGGUGAUAGAUAAAGAAUGCAGUUUCCCUUUUUUAAAUAAAUGCCACCUUGUGAACUAAACUAAA